AGAUAGCAGAUGCUGUAGCUGUACUAGCAGAUGAAGGUGGUCGCGUCAAUGUCAAGCACACUGAAAGUGUUGCUCACAAACAAGACGAGGACGCCACCCUUGUGAGGCAGCAAUUUCUGCUGCGGACAGAUCGUGUACGGCACACGCGCGCUGGAUAUGAGAUGCACGCUGAAGGCGUUUUGGGCUUGGCGCACUAUUUUGACGACGUGAGCGGCCCUAGACCAGCAGUGGCGAAAACGUUCCUCCGAACGUUUUUCGAGCAGCAUCCUUACAUGAAGAAGGAGUUCUCGAUUUGGUUGUCCAAGGCGAAGACUUCCAAGAAAAGUAGAAUCAAGAUAACUACAGGAACGAUAGAAAACACAAAGUCAUCAAAGACGCAGCUGCAAGAUGAACGUGGGGCAGUGGUCUUUGGGCGCAGAAGUUCUUCUCGUCGGAGCAGAAGUCAUGUUUUCGGUGGUGCUAGUACCAGUAUAACGCUAUUGGGUUCAGAACAAGUACUGGACGAGCCCUCUUAUCUCUAUGGGAAGAGGCACUACAUGGAGCAGACGUCUUUGUGGAUCACGAGUGUCCUGUCGCUUGGAUGGGCGACCAGAGGAGAACGACAGAAGAGCACUCAUGAAACAUCUAGUAGUGGUGCGAGUGCGCCUUCAUCGGGUUCAGCAAUGGCGUCUUCCUCUACAAGAACAUCAACAUCUUCAACAGCAAGAUCAUCAAAUGCCGAAGAUGAAUCAGAAUCGUCCACGAGGACUUCCUUUCCUCCGACCUACACGUUUUUUGGUGCGUGA